AUUAGUUUGAAAGAGUUGCUAAGUGAGUGCAGACGCUACUUUCGAGCGCUGUCGUUGUGCUUUGACAAAUACAUUGAUUAAAAAUUGAUUUUUGAUUGUACCACCCUGUGCAAUACAAAUGAUUAAUUUUAUUUACAAUUAAUACUAUUUAUAAACAAUACUGUGCAGUGUAAAGACUUUCACUAAGUUCUGACUAUUGAAUCAUUGAUAUUUUAUUAAUUAAGAACAAUAAAUAGUGAUUUUUAAUAUACAUAUGUGAAUAUUGUGAAAUAAAAUUUGAUUCUUAAAUAUUUUUAGUGAUAUGUAUUAGACAUCAUUUUGAAUUUUUUUUAGAAGGUGUUUCAUAAAAUUAUGUAAAUUUUGAUUAAUCAUUUAAAAGGAAUUCCUCAAACAACUCAUGUUCCAUUCGACGGCAGCUUACCCCGAGAUGCCUUCGAUGGCAGCCAGUGGAGGUCACAGUGCGGUGUCAUUUCAUCAAUCGGCCAAUGGAUCAACAACAGCUCCGGUGUAUGUUCCCUCAAGUCGGGCUAUACCACCUUCACAGUAUGCUCCCCAUGGGAGCCCUUUUGCCGGUGCCACGCAAAACGGAUGGCCAGCCGAUGGAUUUGCCUCCACCCACUCGCAAUUGCCUCCGCAAUUUUAUGCACAGAACGCCAUGAUGAUGAGCUCUUGGAGAGCAUACGAUCCCACCAGAUUCCAAAGUACAUCGCCGUAUGACAGCGCACUUGAUUACCAAUUUGGCGAGGGUCGUGAAUGUGUAAAUUGCGGAGCAAUAUCCACACCAUUAUGGCGGAGAGAUGGAACCGGUCACUAUCUUUGCAAUGCCUGUGGCCUUUAUCACAAGAUGAAUGGAAUGAAUCGACCACUCAUCAAGCCGAAUAAGAGACUGACAGCUACCCGCCGACUCGGGCUGUGCUGCACGAAUUGUGGCACAAGAACAACCACCCUGUGGCGACGGAAUAACGACGGGGAGCCCGUUUGCAAUGCAUGUGGUCUCUAUUACAAGCUACACGGAGUCAACCGUCCACUAGCAAUGAGAAAAGAUGGCAUCCAAACGCGCAAACGGAAGCCGAAAAAGAACACAUCAUCGAGUGGUGUGAAUUUGGGUGGAAAAGACGAAUCUCAUGAUGAUAUAAAACCACCUGUGGGAGGAGGUAUCUCCAAUAACACCACCACCCUAUCUCAUUCGACUGAUCGAAAUUCCAAUACAACAACAAAAUCCCUGCAGUCUCACAGUACGAAUAAGACGCAUUUAAUAUCAUCUGCAUCACGAGGAGCUCUUCCGCAUCACCACUCACCGCUGCAUCAUCCGCAGUCGUACAACCUCGCGACAAGCAUGACGCCGACGUCGCAUCAGAGCACCCAUGCGGUUGCAAAUCCCACCAGCUCCCCAAUAGUCACAGCUGCCAAAUACGAUCUCACAACCCACCAUGCCCAGUCAACGCCCAAUGUGCACUCACCGCACACGGGGUACCUCCACAACAAUCUGCCCGGAUCCUUUGGGGCCGUUAAGACUGAGACGUCACCCACGAAUUAUGACUACAUGAAUAACUGCAUCCAAAGUGGCUACUUUGGCGGUAGUUUUGGGGCGCAUCUAGCUAAUGCGCCCCCCAGUCACGGGGCCACCGAAUUGGCCGGCUACCAUCAUCAGCACAAUGUGAUUCAGGCAGCUAAGCUGAUGGCAUCAUCAUAAUGCAACCCCCGCAUGGGUUUCACCGUGAGAUCUCUAGGGCAUGUGCAAAGGCAAACUGUUGGGCGCACCACAUGCAAACUAAGCACCCGGGCUGAGGGAAUAUCGCCUUGCAAGAGAAUAUUAUGUUAAAAAGUGUAAAUGAUAGUGCAAGUGUUAUAAGAAAAUAUGUAGUAUGUGCAGUGCAAACUUUCUCUGCACGGAUGCAAAUGCACUGCAGAGAUGUUGCGGAACGCGAUAGCACCAGUGCACACAUACACCCCCUUAAAAAAAACCACUAAAAUUAAUAUUUAAAUAAUGUUUCACCAUCAUUUUUCAUACCGAUGGUGCUAUUAUUUAUUUUAUUUCACCACACACACUCAUUCUUCGAAUGGAGGCAACUUUAUAUUUAACAAAACAGCAUUUAUUGUGAUGAAUAGAGUGAGUCCCAAGGGAAAUUUAUCGCCUUACAUUUUCAUCCUCAUCCCGUUGGUAGGCAUUUUGUAACGAAUAGUGUCUGAAUUACAAAGAUAUCAGUCGCCACUGGGUAAAAUGUAAAUUUUUCUUUAAACUAAAAUUAGUUUAAGCGUUUUUUUAUGUCUUUUAUAUAAGACUAAAGCUUAUGAAAAUUAAUGAAAACCUGAGAUACCUUAUCGGCUUUUCAUCUUCCUCUAGCAUUUUCUGCUUCUCCUUAAGCUCUAUUUUUUUAUGAAAAAAUUCAAGACUCCAAUAAAUUCAAACAAAAAGCGUUGAAACAAUUCAACAAAUCCAAAAGAAAUUGAGUCAGAAAAACCAAAACAUCCUUCUACUAAAUGAGGUGAAUAAAAAAUUCAUGUUUAUGCAAUAUUCAUAUAAACUUUAUAUAUUGAUUUAAUUAUCUCGAAAUUAAUUUCUCCUGCAAUAAGCUGUGAAUUUCGGUAUAACGUCUCGACGGUAUCUUGAGCCUGAGAACCCUAAAUUGGGCUGAAAUUUCAAGUGAUUCUCGUAUUAUGUAUACAUAGGUAUAUAGCUAUGAUAGCAAUGAAUUCAGUACACGAGCCUUCCAGUGAGACUAGAGCAGCGAUUUUGUUCGUAUUUAUUGACAGUAUAUCUUCCUCCCUUCUUAAUUAACAAAAACAUUUAACACUGAAAUAUAAUUCGGUUCAACCCUCGAAAUGCAAAAGUCACACAAUACUAGACAACAGAGAAAAUUCUACGAAAAAUGCGUAGGUGUGUUGGAAUGAAUAGAAUCUAAUCUAGAGGCAAUGUAUGAAUAAUUUCAUGAAUACGGAAUUUUCCAUCAGCAGAGAAUCAAAAUUCUUAUUGGCUAAAAUGAUUAAUUUGACUUUAUUAGCUUUAUUGUAUUCUGUGGAAAUUCAAAUAAAACAUAGAAAAGUUUUUGGAAAUAGGCACUUAA